AUGACUGGAUCAUGGAAAAGAAAGACCGGGGAGAUUCUGAAGACGAGGGAAGUUAUAAACAAGGUGUUUGAGGCGUUUCUAGUUUUCUAUUGUACAAAGGAGGGAGUUAUAAACAAGGUGUUUGGUGCCUUUGGUGGUGUUUGUGGUCAAGAGGAUGGGAGUUCAGUUUAUGGUGUUUAUAGUGCUUGUGGUGAGGAUGGCGAGGAGGAUGGGAGUUCAGUUUGUGGUAUCCGUGGUAUUGUGGUAAAGAGGAUGGAAAUUCAGAUUGUGGUGUUUGUGACCGAAAUGAAGGAGAUGUAUGAUGGUAUUUCUGCUGAUGGCGAUGACAAUCUCUCACGAAUGGCAGAGUCUUAG